AAGAAAGGUAGCUAGCUAGAGAAGAAAACAGCAAUGGGUUCUAAAAUUACUGGUCCUCCACUUGAGCUUCCAGUCAUAGACUUGUCAAAGGGAGCUACACUAACACCAGGCUCUCCUGAGUGGGAAUUGGCGAAGGCUCAAGUGAGAGAUGCACUCAAGGAGUUUGGUUGCUUUAAGGCUUUGUACAAUAAAGUUCCACUAGAGCUUCGAAACUCCUUCUUUGGUGCACUUGAAGAGCUUUUUAAACUUCCUAACGAAAUUAAGCAGCGGAAUGUCUCAAAAACUGUCAUGCAUGGUUAUAUGGGGUCCAAACCCAAGCUGCCACUAUAUGAGAGCUUGGGCUUUGAUGAUCCAGAGGUUUUCCAAGAGGUCGAAAACUCAAUUAACAUGUUAUGGCCUCAAGGAAAACCUACUAUCAGGCCUGGACAAAUGGUCAUCUACAUAUUCCACUUCAUCGGAUAAUGAUGAGAGGAAAUGAGACAAGGUACUCUACGGGGUUGUUUUCGGUCCCGAAAGCAGGUUACACGGUGAGAGCUCCGGCGGAAUUGGUUGACGAAGAACACCCUUUGCUCUUUAAACCUUUUCAUCAC